UUUCGUCGAGUGCAGCAGCGGUUUCCCGGGCAACCGGGAAGCGACAACAAACGAAAUGGGACGAAGUUAACAAAAAGAACACGACAAAUGACAAGGACGGUAGAUAAACACACACAGCCGACAUUAUACGGUCAGUUUAAUGCAUGUUAGGUUAUUGGGUCGUGGUAAUUCCGGAAGUGGAAACUUUCAGACUCUAAAUUAAGAGUUUUCGCCGCAACUCAUCUUGGGACAUCAGGAAAGCAAAAUUAACCUCCAUUACUAGUACAUCUGUGUAAUUUAUCGGUAUGAGCGAGGAGUGUGUCCGGGUUGCGGUCCGUAUUCGGCCGUUGCUCCCUAAAGAAGUCCUUCACCACCACCAGGUGUGUGUACGAGUGGUUCCGAGCUCUGCACAGGUGAUGCUCGGCUCGGACCGACUCUUCUGCUUUGACCACGCGUUCGGACCGACAGCCAGCCAGGAUCAGGUGUACGAGUCCUGCGUCCAGCCGCUGGUGGAGUCGCUGAUGGACGGAUACAAUGCUACCGUGUUUUGCUACGGACAGACAGGGUCGGGCAAGACGUACACACUCGGAGGAGGGAAUCAAGAUGAAGAGGGAGGAAUUAUCGACCGUGUGGCCCAAGAUGUGUUCUUGCUUCUGGGGAAGAAGACAGGGGACAGUGAUGGUGUGGAGGCCACAGUGCGCGCCUCAUAUAUGGAGCUGUACAAAGAAGAUCUGCGAGACCUGUUGGAGCCCCACACCAUUCACAAAGAACUUCAUAUCAGAGACGAUGAGAGGGGAAACACAGUGGUGGUUGGAGCCAAAGAGGUGGUCGUCACCUCAGCAGAGGAGCUGCUCAGUGUAAUAGAGAUGGGAAAUGCCCUGCGCCAAACCGGCACCACAGGAAUGAAUGAGCACUCCAGUCGCUCUCAUGCCAUCCUCACCAUUCAGUUCAUCAUGUGUAGCCAGAGCAACAGCUCCUCCUUAAAGUCUGUCCGCCUCUCCAAACUCUGUCUGGUUGACCUGGCAGGCUCAGAACGAGCUGGUAAGACUGGAAACACUGGGACACGACUCAAAGAGUCUUCUCAUAUCAAUACAGGCCUGCUUGCUCUGGGCAACGUUAUCCGUGCCCUCUCUGACCACAGUCGAAAUCGGCGUGGUGGCAGCUGUAGCAGUGCACAUAUACCAUACCGUGCUGCCAAGAUCACACGCCUCCUUCGUGAUUCAUUAGGAGGCACCACCCACUCACUGAUGGUGGCAUGUGUAAGCCCCUCCCACCACUUUGUAGCUGAGACUCUGAGUGUCCUGCAGUUUGCAUCCAAAGCUCGUCACAUUCGUAACAGUCCAGGAGCAACAUCUGCUCAAACAGAGGUUAAGUCAUGUCCUGCAACCUGGCACCCUAGUGAGGCUCGACAUGGGGAGCUGGAAUACGAAGUACAGACACUGAGAGAGUUGCUAAAAGAGAAGGAGAGAGAGAUUGAGAUGGAAAAAGAACAGACAUGGGGAAAAGGUGAAGAGGGGGACAGCUUCAAACAGUCCAGUCAGAUCAGGGUAUGUGAACCAGAUAAGAAGGUGAACCAAGAGGAGCUGUCACAGUAUCGCGUCUUGGCAGAGGAAGCUGAAGCUUUGCUUGCAGAAAUCUGUGGCCCUUCUUUAAGUCUUUCUUGCAAGCAGCGUGUGCAAAAAUGGCAGGAGAGACUGUCAGCUGUCAAGCACUCACAUCAAACUGGUGAUAGGAACUCUUCAAAGAGGGAUGGAGACCAACCUGACCAUGUUGCCAUGUUAAAACUCAGAGAAGAACUCAGCAAAUGCCAGAAAGCCCUCCGCAUAGAAGAGCAGUUAUUGGAGCAGAAUGAUGCAGAACUGAGACGGGUACAGACAGAAGUUGAGAAACUUCUUCAAGAGAGAAAUUCCCACCUCAUAGCCUCAGAGGAACAAAAGGAGCAAACUCGUAUACUGACGGAGCAACUGGUGAACCAACAGAUUCUGAUUGAUCGCCUUCGCAGCGACCUGAUGACCUUUCAGGGGACAACCUCAGAGGCAACAGUGGAAGCAAGGACUUCUGGGAGACCCCACAGUGUUCCUCUGAUCAGACACAGCUGUGUGCGCAGACCCCCCAGGAAGAUUCACUCCAGUCCACCAGCCUAUUCACUAGAAAGAGUGAUGGCAGCAUUUAAGAUGCGGGGUCAUCUCCUGCUGGCUGAGAUUGAAGAAAAGGAUGAAGUGUACUGUCCGUUCAUCGAACAACAUGCGGAGAGCAAAGACGUGGGUCUAGAGAAGGAGGACGAGAAUGGAUUUUUUAUGGACAGAAUGGGGUUUAGACGUUCUUUAAAUCGAACAUGGACCAGCCGACACAAGAAAUCAGCUCUGAAAGAGAAAAACAUUGAACUGGAUCCAACAUGUGACAGAAACCCAGCAGUGCAACAGCAUCCCCCAGCCUCAGGCACCAAGGAAAACCAGCUCAAGCAAAGCCACAUCAGGAAGGCGAGAGUAAGAGCCAGUGUCACCGAGAGAAGAAUCCGAGAUCUGUCAGUCAACAUGCGAAUGAAGGAGGAGCUCAUCAAAGAGCUCAACAAAACUGAGAAGGAAACUCAAGCAGUGGACAGACGUGUCAGGCACAGCGGUGGUGAUGGCAGACAGCCCAGUGUGUUGGCAAGACUUUCCAUGCAGAGCCAGCAGGUCCGAGCAGAGAUGUACCACAGCCUGCAGCACAUGAGACUGCAGAGAGCACAGCUUCAGAGCAGCCUCAAGCAGCAGAGACAGAUCAGCGAGAAGAACAAAGAACUCCACCAAACUGGGGAGCAAAGUGCAGAAGAUUCAACUCCGUGUCAUAGUAGCUGGCUGGAACAGGAAGAGGAACAGGUUAUUCAGAAGAGAGCAGAGCUACAGGAGCUGGAGGAGGAGCUGAGGAGGAGAGAGGAGGUGCUGCUGCAGAGGGAGGCCUGUCUGCAACAGAAAAGCAAACUAGAGAUCAAGAUGCUACGCUCCAGCCAGGCUCUGAAUCAGGACCUGCUGCAUGUGUCAAUGCAGUUAGAGUCUGUGGAGGAGCAGCUGCAAAGGAAGGCUGGAGGAGUUACUGUAGAGGAACUGCAGAAAGAGAGAGACAUGCUUAAAAAAAGAAGAGAAGCUCUGGAUGCCCAGCUGAAGGACAACAGAGUGCUCACUGAGGAGGAGGAGCAUUCCCUUCUCCAACUGGAGGAAGCUAUUGAAGCUCUGGAUGCAGCUCUAGAGUUUAAAAACCACUCCAUCCAGGACAAACAGCAGAAGUUGUUAGUCUCUGAGUUCUCUUUGAAUCAGUCACAAAGCACUGAACCCGCCCAACUCGGUGAUAUCUUCAGGAAGCUGAAGGGGCUCUCACUGUGUGAGGCCUCAGACCUACUCGUCAAAUAUUUUAACAAGGUUAUUUGCCUUCGAGAGACAGAGCACCAUUUACGUUUGCGCUGCAAAGAGCUGGAGCUUCAGGCUGGUGAGCAAGAGAUGGUGUUGAGGGAAAUGGAGGCAGCCAUGCAGCAUCUGGCCCUGAAUGCAGACCGAAGGCUCACCCAGCAACACCAAGAUCACCAAAGCAACAUUCAGCUACUACUACAGAAACUUAAAGAGGGUGUUUCAACAGAGGAACAGAAGGCUAUACAAGACCGACUGCAGCAUCUGGAGAAAGAGCUGUUUUUCUACAAAAGCACGAGUCGCCAGCUCAAAAAGAAAGUUAAGGAACUGCUCGGUGAAGCCCUGCAGCCUGACGAUCAUCGCUCACACAUGCAGGAGCACAAACAAGUACACCAUAGUGAACCCCAGUUUCAUCCUGAGGAGGUACAGAUGAGUACACAUAUUGCCCCGACAUACACUAAAAUACAUGCUGACCAAACAGACAAAAAGACACACAGUGAUUCUCAUACAAACAGAAAUUCACACCAUAUCCAGCGUCCAUCUUCAUCCUCUGGUUACCAAGCUCUCAAAAAGACAAAAAUGAUAGAAUCUAACCAGAUGCACACACAGUCCCAGAUGAGGAGUGUAAGCGGUCAGUCUGGUGGAAGUUUAAAGAUGAUUCCAGUCCGUAUGUCUCCCAGGGAGGUGAGACAGAUCUGUGCAGCUGACCUGCACAUCUCUGGUUCUGCCACAAGGAGGCGACAGUCCGCUGUGGAUAACAGCACAGAGUCAAUAUUAGAGGACUCCAUUGAAGUGUCCAGGAACACUGACAGAUAAUGUUGCAUCACUUGUGGAUCUGUUCUGUGGCUUUACAUAGACGAUAGUACUUACUUUUUCUCCUUGUCUUAUUUCUGAAUCUUCAAGCUCUUGUCCUAGAAAAAGACAUAAAACAAAUUUCAAAACCUAUAUUCACAAUGCCAUAAAUCAUCCUGAUAUAAAUACAUUGUAUGCAUUACUUAGAACCUUAUGUACAAUUUGUGAGAAUGGGGUAUUUGAUGCAAGGAGCAGCACUUUUCUGAUAAUAAUAAUACAGUAGAUCACCUUGUGUCAGCACCAUUUAUGUCCAAUAAAUAGAUUCACCCCCUUUUACAAACACUAUAGGGUCAGAAUAUAUAAGUUAUAGAAGGAGUGUUCAUAAUCCUGUUGUUAAAUGUAUUCAAAAAGUGCUUUGUCUUUUGUCCUUCGUUUUCAGCACUGUUAAGCACUUAAAUUGACCACUAAAUCUAGAAUAGUUUUCUGCAUGAUGACAAUAACAUAAAGCUUGGUUAUUUUCUAUGCAUUGAGAUUUUGAUACAACCUUUGUGUGCACUUUAGACUGGUGGUUUUAUGUUGAUUGCAGUGUAAAUCGUUUUUUAUAUGUGGUUCCUAAUAAAAUCUAAAUGUAUUAAAGUA